AUGGAAUCCCUCGCCGCUGUCGGCCUCGCUGCAAAUAUCCUACAAUUUGUCCAUGAAGCAAGGCACUUGGUAUCUACCAGUCGUGAAGUUCUCGGCUCAGGCACUAAGGAAGAGUACAUUGAGUUGGGACUUAUCUCAAAAGAGCUGCGCUCUCGAUCAGCCCGCAUCAUCCUACCAGGAAAUGCCAGAGAUGUCCCUGAAGGCGAUGACGGAAAUUCCCUUGAGGCAUUGGCGGUUAGAUGCAACGAGAUAGCAGAUGAGCUACUUGAUAUUCUCGACGCGCUCAAAUUACAUAACGACCGAAACAAGUGGAGGAGUUUCCUUCAAGCGCUAAAGACACAAUGGAAUGAUGAUAAGAUCGGAGCUCUACGCGAAAGAUUGGAUCGUGUCGCGAAAGCAAUCAAUGCACGCCUUGCAGACGAGAACAAUCUGGGUAUCUACUCUCGCCUCAAUGAACUACUCGAGAUCAAUCGUCGACUCGAGAGUACGCGGACCGUGGACAUCCUGGCUCUGAGGCGAGAAUUCGAUCAGGCAUUGAAAAACAAUCAAAACAAUACUGGUGUGGAAGAAUCGGCCGAUCUUAUGAGCAAGGUAGCAUCAGAUGGCCUGCACUACUCUGCGGAACAAAAGAUUCUGUCUAGACUUCGCUUUGUUCGGUUGGAAGAUCGCUAUCGGUUGCUGUCACCAGCCCACCGCAAUACCUUGGCCUGGUUGUUCGGAGACACAGGUUUGUAA